GUUGUGUGCGCUCCUCGGGACAGCCUUAGCCAAGCCCAGUGCUUCGGAAAUGAGAGAUGAAGAGAUGAUGGACCACGUUGAAGACGACGAUGGAUGUUCUUGUGCGCAAAGACACGAUGUAGAUACAGAUGACAUGUUUAGAAAUAUGCAAGAGUAUGAGCACUACAACGAAUAUACAGAAGGAAUAACUCUUAAUGAAUUCAAACAAUUGGUGGUGGUGGAGACGGCAGAUAUGCUCAAGAAAAGUGCCCAAAGUGAUCAAGAAAUGGAAGCUAGAAUGCUCUGCGGGAGUAACUGUAUCCCUCUAUUUAAGAGCUCCAAGAGAACGUGCAAUAGACUCUUGUUGGAAGGCUGGCCCCUCGCUUCGUACCACCCCACGUGUAUUAUGACCGCCCUGCAGAGACUGUCUACCUGCUGCCGUGACAUGAUGAAAUAGCUAUGUCGAUGGAUUAUCUCGGUAUAUAAUAAAAUUGAGUACAUUUCAGUUUAGAUUUUAUUCACC